CACCUUUCAGUUGACAUCAACUAAUAACUGAAAAAAUGCUCAUCAUUUCCAUAUUAAUUCUUGCUUUCACCACCACCCUCCUCUUCAGAUUCGCCACUGCAGAUGGCGAUUUCACGCUGCUCUCCAAGAGGCACCCCAAGCGCCAAGAAAUCGAGGACAAGGUCGUUUGGAUCACUGGUGCCAGCCGCGGAAUCGGGGAGGUUCUUGCCAAGCAACUUGCGGGUUUGGGGGCGAAAUUGAUUCUUUCAGCGCGAAAUGAGGUCGAAUUGGAGCGAGUUAAGCAGCAGCUCAGAGGGAAGCAUGCACCUGGGGAGGUGGAGAUUUUGCCUCUGGAUUUGGCAGGUGGUGAGGAUUCUCUCAGGGAGGCUGUGGAGAAAGCGGAAUCGUUCUUUUCAGGGGCUGGUGUUGAUUAUAUGAUUCAUAAUGCGGCUUACGAGCGCCCUAAAGCAUCAGCUGUGGAUGUAACUGAGGAAAGCCUUAAGGCUACUCUCAAUGUGAAUGUUAUUGGAACGAUCUCUCUUACACAGUUGCUCGCACCUUUCAUGCUGAAGCGAGAGAGAGGUCAUUUUGUUGUGAUGAGCAGUGCUGCAGGAAAGACACCUGCACCAGGACAGGCUGUGUACUCUGCUUCUAAAUAUGCUCUAAAUGGAUACUUCCACACCUUGCGUUCUGAGCUCUGUCAAAAAGGAAUUAAGGUGACUGUUGUCUGUCCUGGACCAAUAGAGACAUCAAAUGGUUCUAAAGCAAGCACUGAGAGGCGUGUGUCAUCAGAGAGGUGUGCAGAGCUGACUAUUAUUGCUGCAACCCAUGGUCUAAAAGAAGUUUGGAUAUCGUGUCAGCCUGUACUAGCGGUUAUGUACUUGGUGCAGUACAUGCCAACCAUUGGCUUCUGGCUCAUGGACAAGGUUGGUGCGAAUCGAGUUGAAGCAGCUAAACAAAAGGGCAGCACUUACUCACUGGGAUUACUCUUUGGGAAAAAGAAGGCAGCAUGAUUUUUCUUCUUGUAACAAUCCUCACAGAUUUCUUCCUCCAGUACAUGCUAAUCCCUUCAUAGUUCUGUAUAAUACUCAAAACAAAUUUAAUCCCUUCUAUAAUUUGGUGUAAUACUCAGUAAUUUUUCCCUAAAACUGCAGCUUGGUUUAUCUGAAAAUAUCUCUCAAGUUGAGGUAAUACAGACUCUUGAUGCUUAGAUGUUUCUUUUC